GCCGCACGCCGUGAGGGGUUUAAGAGCACACGCCGCCGCCCGCUAGGGUUUUUCGGAUCUCACCUCUUCCUCCUCUCCGCCUCCACACGCAGCAGAGCCGCCGCCGCCGCCGCCGCCUCCGCCGACCCUCUAGCGCCAGCCAUGGCCAUCGGAUCUCUCGUCGCGUCGAGGCUGGCCAGGUCCGGCCAUGCCCUCGCCACCGCCGCCAUCUCUCAGGCUCCCAGGUCCCGGCACACAACGUCUCCGCUGCUGUCCAGGCUCGGAGCUGUCGCUCGUGCUUUCAGCUCCAAGCCUGCAGCAGCAGAUGUCAUCGGGAUCGAUUUGGGCACGACAAACUCGUGUGUCUCCGUCAUGGAUGGAAAGACACCACGAGUGAUUGAGAAUGCUGAAGGUGCAAGGACAACGCCCUCAAUUGUUGCCAAGAACCAGAAUGGUGACCUCUUGAUCGGCAUCACUGCGAGUCGGCAAGCAGUAACAAAUGCCCAGAACACAGUUCGUGGGUCAAAGCGCCUGAUCGGUAGAACUUUUGAUGACCCACAAACUCAGAAGGAAAUGAAGAUGGUGCCUUACAAGAUUGUGAGGGGACCAAAUGGUGAUGCCUGGGUAGAGAUGGGUGGGCAGAAAUACUCCCCAAGUCAGAUUGGGGCAUUUGUUCUCACGAAGAUGAAGGAAACUGCAGAGUCUUUCCUUGGCAAGACGGUUUCUAAGGCUGUUAUCACAGUCCCAGCUUAUUUCAAUGAUGCCCAGCGCCAGGCUACCAAGGAUGCUGGUAGGAUUGCUGGAUUGGAGGUGAUGAGGAUUAUCAAUGAGCCCACUGCUGCAGCUCUGUCGUAUGGAAUGAACAACAAGGAGGGCCUGAUUGCUGUUUUUGACUUGGGUGGUGGUACAUUUGAUGUAUCAAUCCUUGAGAUAUCUAAUGGAGUUUUUGAGGUCAAGGCGACCAAUGGAGACACUUUUCUUGGUGGUGAGGACUUUGAUGCUGCGUUACUUGACUACCUGAUUAGCGAAUAUCAGAAGUCCGACAACAUUGAUCUGAGCAAGGAUAAGGCGGUGCUGCAAAGGCUCAGGGAAGCUGCUGAGAAGGCCAAGGUCGAGCUUUCCUCUACUACUCAGACUGAAAUCAACCUUCCCUUUAUCACUGCUGAUGCCUCUGGUGCGAAGCACUUCAACAUUACCUUGACAAGAUCAAAGUUUGAGUCUCUUGUGGGCAAUCUCAUUGAGAGAACUCGCAUCCCAUGUGUGAACUGCCUCAAGGAUGCUGGCAUCUCUGCCAAGGAGAUUGAUGAGGUUCUGCUGGUUGGCGGCAUGACAAGGGUCCCAAAGGUCCAGGAUAUUGUUUCUCAGAUAUUCAACAAGGCACCUAGCAAGGGUGUCAAUCCUGAUGAGGCUGUGGCCAUGGGAGCUGCCAUUCAGGGUGGCAUCUUGAGGGGUGAUGUGAAGGAACUCCUGUUGUUGGAUGUCACACCCCUAUCCCUCGGUAUUGAAACUCUUGGAGGCAUCUUCACAAGGCUAAUUAACCGGAACACUACAAUUCCAACCAAGAAAAGUCAGACAUUCUCCACUGCUGCAGAUAACCAGACGCAGGUUGGAAUCAAGGUGCUUCAGGGUGAGAGGGAGAUGGCUACAGAUAACAAGCUUCUUGGUGAAUUCCAGCUUGAAGGUAUCCCUCCAGCUCCAAGAGGCAUGCCACAGAUUGAGGUCACAUUCGACAUUGAUGCCAAUGGUAUUGUCAGGGUGUCUGCAAAGGAUAAGUCCACUGGCAAAGAGCAAGACAUCACUAUCAAAUCUUCAGGUGGUUUGUCUGAAAGAGAUAUUGAGAAUAUGGUUAAGGAGGCUGAGCUACAUUCUCAGAGGGAUCAAGAAAAGAAAUCAUUAAUUGAUCUCAAGAACUCUGCAGAUACCACGAUCUACAGCAUUGAGAAGAGUGUCAGUGAGUACAAAGACAAGGUUCCUUCUGAAAUAACCACGGAAGUUGAGUCCGCUGUUUCUGAUCUGAGAGCAGCAAUGGCCGGUGAUGAUCUGGACAAUAUCAAGCAGAAGCUGGAAGCUGCAAACAAGGCAGUUUCAAAGAUCGGGCAGCACAUGCAAGGUGGUGGUGGUGAUGCCGGCGGCAGCAGCGGUGGCAGUGGUGGAGACCAAACUCCGGAAGCUGAAUACCAGGAUCCCAAGGAAGCUAAGAUGUAGAUUCAAUCUGCGUCAGGCUCCUACUUUUUUUUUGUGUGUACCGAGUGUAGGAAGUUAGUAUCUUAUUUACCUCAGGCUGCUUAGAUCUCUAAGAGCGCUACGAUACCUGUAACAUUUCUUUUUGGCAAUUGUUUGAAUUGCGGAUAAAAUUGUGAGGGGGAAGAAACUCAUAACCUAUAUCAGCUAUAUUGCUUGUCUCAUCCUUCUGAUCCAUUUGCAAAUUGCAAGCUGUUGAUACA